CAGACCGUCGAGAAGCAGAGCGUUCAGAUUUUCUCAGAGGAGACGCAACCCGACGCCCUGCCGCCGCCGACAUUCGAGGAGCUCGGCCUCAGCCCGUCGCCCGAGAGCCAAGCAGCGGCGGCGCCCUCGGCGUCAGCCGAGGCCACGGGCGCGCCCGUCGAGACUCCAGCAGGCGCGCCUGCGGCUGACGUAUUCACUGAUAUGCUCGCAUCAGAGCUGGAGAGGAUGAACGUGUCCCAGACGCAGCAGGCGGCCGCGCAAUCCAUUCAGAUGGUGGACCUCGACUCGCAGCUGAUCGAGCUCUUCAAGCAGAUGCAGGGGCAGGCUGGCUGGGGAGAGGCAGAAGAGGACGAGGCUGGCUGGGGAGGGGGCGUGAAGGAGGCCGACCCAGUGCUGGAGGCAUGCAAAGCUGGUGGAUGGUAUGUGAAGGCCAAGACUCCAAUAUACAGGCGUUUCCGGCUCUGGCUGAAGAACCACCAGUCUGAGAAAGAGGAAUGCGAUUUGAUGAAGGGCCACGAGGCCGAGCAGUAUCGGGCUAGGUGGGCCAAGAAACGCUACGACGAGUACAACGAGACCCGCGCCGAGAUGCAAGAGACCAGGCAGUCUAAGCGCAAG